AAAAGGAAGGAAUGCGCUUAAUAUAAGCAUAAUUUGGAACGUCUGUUUAAUGGGUAUUGCUCAAGAUAUUUGCAUACGAACACGGCCAUAUUAGAUAUUUGCUAUGUUAUGUUGAGCAAAAGAUCUUGCUUAUAAAAAUCGCCUUUCAUCCUGCGCACGGAAUUCAUACUGAACGGUAUAUCGUAAUCGACAUUUUGCCAUUGAUACUUCUCUAUCACUCUCUAUGACAAUUUUCUUAAUUACUAUCACUUGACGCAGCGGAAUAUCCAUCAGAAAUCUCUUUAGCACACAAAAACAAAAGAUAACAUCUUUGAAAAAAAAAAAAAAUAUUGCCAUAACUCAAUUUUACGGCUCUUACACUAUAGAAAUAUUUAUAUAAAAUAUAUGUAUACCUGUAUGUAUAUUUAUUUAUACAAGCUUAAAAGAAAAAAGACAGUUCUGUGAGUUGCUGUUGCCUGUAUCAGGCUGAAAAAAACAUUUUUUUUGUUGGUGGAUGACACUUUAGCUUUAAAAUGGAUUCGGUUGAUGAUCAGAACCUUAGUAUCGGAAACAUUGGUAAUGUCAAUCAGUCAUUACUCGCUAGUAUUGAACAGAACUCAGGAGCACAAAAUGCAAAUGAUUCCGGUUGGAAAGCAAAAUUAAAUAUACCUGAAAGAGAUCACAGAGUUAGAACUUCAGAUGUAACGAACACAAAAGGAAAUGAAUUUGAUGACUUCUGCUUGAAAAGAGAAUUAUUAAUGGGAAUUUUUGAAAAAGGAUGGGAAAAACCCUCACCAAUUCAGGAAGCUAGCAUCCCUAUUGCUCUAACUGGAAGAGACAUUGUUGCCAGAGCAAAAAACGGAACGGGUAAAACGGGAGCUUAUGCUAUUCCCAUUUUGGAAAGAUGUGAUCCAGGCAGAGAUGAAGUACAAGCUUUGGUCAUUGUUCCAACCAGGGAACUUGCACUACAAACUAGUCAAAUUUGUCGUGAACUCAGUAAGCAUAUUGGCUGCCAAGUCAUGGUUACAACGGGUGGUACAAAUCUCAAGGAUGAUAUUAUGAGACUUUAUGAUCAGGUCCAUGUCAUAGUGGCCACUCCUGGGAGAAUUCUCGAUUUACUGAAUAAAAAUGUAGUCAAAAGCAGUAAAUGUAGUAUGCUUGUACUGGAUGAAGGAGACAAACUAUUAUCUCAAGAUUUCAAAGACAUGUUAGACUCUAUAAUAAACCAUUUGCCAGGAGACAGACAAGUCUUGCUUUAUUCAGCAACUUUCCCAGUUUCUGUGCAGCAUUUUAUGCGAAAACAUUUGAAUAAUCCAUACGAAAUAAAUCUAAUGGAGGAACUUACCUUAAAAGGUGUGACUCAGUAUUAUGCCUAUGUAAGAGAAAAACAGAAGGUUCAUUGUUUAAAUACACUAUUCUCAAAGUUACAGAUAAACCAGUCCAUUAUAUUUUGUAAUACGGCUCAAAGAGUAGAAUUGUUAGCCAAAAAGAUUACAGAACUUGGUUAUUCUUGUUUCUAUAUUCAUUCAAAAAUGAAUCAACAACACAGAAACAGAGUUUUUCAUGAUUUUCGUCAGGGCCUUUGCAGGAAUCUUGUCUGCUCAGAUUUGUUCACUAGAGGCAUUGACAUCCAGGCUGUGAAUGUAGUAAUAAACUUUGAUUUUCCAAAAUAUUCAGAGACUUAUUUACACAGAAUUGGUAGAUCUGGUAGAUAUGGCCAUCUAGGUAUUGCAAUUAACCUAAUCACAUAUGAAGACAGAUUCAAUCUCUUCAAAGUGGAAGAAGAGCUAGGUACUGAAAUCAAACCAAUCCCGAAGAUGAUUGAUAAAGCAUUGUACGUUGCUGAAUACCACAUGGAAAAACCAGAAGAUGGUCCUGAAGAUGGCUGCAAACAGACUGGCCAAGUGUCAAAAUAAAAAUAAGGGCAGCAUUGGCGUCUUGAGGAGAGAAAUAUAUACAUAGUUUCUACAGACUUAUUUGCUGGGCCCAGGCUGUGUCUGGCAAAGAAAAGCACCAGUAAGUUUGGGUUGGGAGGGGGAUAUGUUCCUGUUGAAUUUACUUUGAAUUUAUUUGUAUUAACCUUGAUAAUCUUUGCAUAUGACAUGCAGGACACAGAUUCUACCUGGUGCUAGACAAGAAACUAACACCUAAUGCCAUUAUACGACCUGUGUUAAGUUCUUCCAGGUUGCUGUAAGUACCUCCACAUUCGGCUACAUGUCUCAAAGUUCUGCAAGUCCAAUCUUCCCCCACCAUUUUUUUUUUCCUUCUCCAAACUGGAAGUUUUUGUUUUUUUUUAAUUUAAAAGAAUAUAUAUUUCUCUGCUCUAAUUGCCAAACAAAAGAACUCUUUUUCAUGAACACCAUUUAACACUUCAGUGGGACUAGACUUCACAUUUUAUCUGGAAAAAAUUGCUUGUUUUAGUCCUCAUCAUAUCAUUCAUCUAAAAACUUUAUAUUUUCUCUUCCACAUCCUGGUUUAAAAGUAAAUAUCAGUGUAACUGGGUUCGGUGAUGUAGUUUGGACUCGGGGAGAUAUUCUUCAGACAGCUGCUUUCCUUCAACUCCAACCAGUAAAAUGCAACUGAAGUUGUGAAGUUCUACGCACAGUUUAGUUUACACAUGGUUUUAAAAAUAAACACGUCAAGCUAACAAAUUUACUAAGCUUGCUUAACAAACUAAUAGUUGGUAAUCAAGAUACUGACGUGCACUCUAGGAGUUAAAUGUUAUAUGCAAGUUGAACUUCUUCAAACCAAAUAUUUAAUUUCAAAGCUGUACUGUUUUCUCAAAACAUCGGAUUCUCCCCAGCAGCUACAAAACUUCCAUGAAUAACUUCAUCUUUUCUAUCCCUCUUCCUUCUCCACAGUUACUCAGAUAAAAUGUUAUAAAAACUGUCAAAAUGGAAAUCUACAUGCAUAAGCAUUUAUUUAACAAAAAAAAAAGAAAAUGGCUUAAGAUUUGACCUUGUAAAUAUCAGCCUUAAAGGUAAAUGUGAAGUGCACAUUCUGCUCGUUGGGUUUGUGCAAGGUGCUGAACGCAAAAGAAUCCUAACAUUACCUUUUACACUGCUUGCCUAAUGUGCAUACAUUACUGGCAGAGCUUGUGUAUUUUGUAAAUUUCUAUAUUUUUGUAUCGUGCUCACAGCUGUUGAAUAGCACAGCUGGCGACCGAACAGUGGUUCCUUUUUUAACUGUCGCCAAGAUCUCGUCUUCUAUACCUUGUGCAGCACGUGCUCAACAUAACUGUAUAUACAAUGUAAAUAAUGACCAUCCCACUCAGAAAAAAAUGUUGUGCAUACUCUGUCAGCACUGGCAGAAUGUUUUUUUUCUAAUGCUUUGGAUUGACUCAAUUCUGCUGGGUGAGUCUUAUGUGCAGCUACUGCUGUUGACACUUGCUAAAUAAAAAUACAGGUACUGUAAAGACAUUUGCUAUUCAACUGCAAUCUUCUGAGUGGGGCUUGGGAUAUAGGCAAUAACCCAAUGACUUGAAAAAUUUAAAAUGCUGUUGACAAAACUGCAAUUUUUUUUUUUCCUUCCACCUCCUAAAAAUGCUCAUUGGAUGUCUUGAAGAAGUCCUAAACCCACUCUGCCAUAUUUUUUUAUUUUGAGAAAUUCCUUUCUGGUCGUCACAAGCUAGUAAAAAAAAAAUAACAACUGAACUGAACCUCUUACCAAACUUUAGCUAUUGGGUUUUCAUGGAUUCUUACCAAAUUAAAAAGCAAUGCAAGUUCAGCUAGAUAUAGACAAAACAUAUCACUUUUGAUGUGAUUAGUUCAGAGACAAAAUGUUUAAAACAAAAAGAAAAAAAAAUUUAAAGCUGCAACAUUUCUCAUAGCUUCAUAAUUGACAAACGAUUCAAUAAGAUUGAAUUAAUAAGUCAUUGUGACGACUUGCUACUUGUUUAUGAUCACUGAAAAAAAUGCUAUGUGAUCGCUUUUUAUUUAAAUCUUUUUUUUUCUGUAAUUUUCUGUUUUACCUUUUGCAGUGGUAAAAUCCAGAAAACUAACUAAAAAUGGUUUUGCUCCAGCAAUGAAUGUUCACUCCAUUGCUGAGGAUCUUUAAUUUUGGAUAUCUUCCAUAUCUGCUUUAAUUGGAGUUAUUUUGAAUCUUGCUACAGUUGAGUUAAAUUUCCAUCAUUCAGACUUUCAACUAAACAAGAGUGAACCCUUUUUUCUUUUUUUUUUUUUUUCGAUCCUUUUUAAAGAUGCAACUUAUAAGAGCCUCACUGCUUACAAUAGUUUUAGAAAGUCAUUUGAAAUUGAAAUAUCUUAGCUAUAAUUAUAUAAAAAGAAUGGCACAGAACUGCUGGUUAGCUUUCCAGUGCCUUGAAUUCUUACCUCUUCUAAACAAGCCUUGAUGUAUUCCCCUUCACUCUUCCUUCCUCAGCUUGCUCAUCAACAGAACUAUGUACGACUUGCCUGGAAUUAGACAUGGUUCCUUGAUAAACAGCCUUAAUGUGCUGGCAACUUUUUCAGAAUUUAAAGUUGGGUAUAGACUUUCAAAAUUUCCAUUUUUGGAAGUGUGAAGAGGAAUUAUUUGUGAAGGCUUUAAAAAACCUCAAUGCAAUCUGAUUUCUUCACUUUUUAGCCAAUUAAUCAUGACUGUGAUACUUUCUACUCAUUUAGUAGCAACUUUACAGCUAAAGAACUAAUGGUAAAAGGCUAAUUAUUUGCAUCUUUGAAUUUGAUCUCCAGACAUGCCUUUAACGAUAACGACCUCUGACUUGCUUAAACAUUUUUGAAACUGAUCAACUCUUCGGGACCAAAUUGAACAAUGGUGGUUUACUGUUGUAUUAUGGGGGCUGCUAUAGAAUCAGAGUACCUUAAGUGUUAAGGUUUUUAAUUAAGUCUUUACUUCUGUAGGUUUUAAAAGGUUAUAUAAAACCCCUUUAAUUCUAAUAAGGUAAUUGAUAUUAACAAGGAUUUAGUUGUAGGUAAGAUAAAUCUUUCUAUUUACAAAAUAAAGAAGUAGAUAGUUCUCCAAGAUUUCUCAGCAGCUUCCACACAAUAGGAAUGAAUUCCAUUCAAUGCCCCCUUUUUUUUAAACAGCUUUUAAUGCCAUUACCAUAAAGUUUAUCACUUACAGAUUCAUCUAAAUUUCAGAUGAGCGAUUUUGUGUUGACCCUUAAAAUAGCAUUCAGGUUCCUCCCUGUUAACUUUUUUUUUUUUUAAGAUACUGUUAAUUUUUAAUUUAGUCCCCAGUAAAUAUCAGUCUUGAUUUCAUUUGAACCCAAUUGUUACCCUUGAGAGGCAGGUUUGUAACAAGGGGUCUUUAGCUUUUGUAAUACUAUUAAUUUUUCCCCCCCAUUUGUUUAGAUUAAGCUAUUUGGUUAAUUUAUGGUAAUGGUCUUUUUUUUUCUCCCCCUCCCCCCUACAAGCUCUAAUGAGAACCUAAGGCUGGCUUUAAUGAAGUGCUUUAAGUUUCUAGGAUUUGGCAAAUGGACAUUGGGCUCUUUUUAUCGGACGAAAAGAUAAGCAAAUGUGAACUUGUCAAUCUAACUGAAACUACAAAUCUUAUUUGGCCUAAAAAUGUCAUAGCUCCAUGCAACUUACUCCUAAAUCUUCUAAGCUGUAACCCAUGGUUAGGCUGUCCUCUACAUUGUUUUUAAAGAAUUUUAAUUCAGAAGUUUGGACAUUCGAUAUAGUUUACUCUAUGACUUUUUAGAUCUCGAAUAAGAGCUUAAUAUUUCUGUUUGGGAUCUGCUUUCUCUUACCAACCAACCAACCAACCAAGACUAGACCAAUAUUACAAACUUAAUGCGAAGAAUAGAACCACAAACAUUUAAAGCAGGUUUUUUUGUAAGACCUCCCAAGAAAUAUUGACUCUCGUAUAUAAGUGUUUGCCUUUUGUGCCUAUUCUUUUGGAGGGGUGGACUGCUUCAAAAUGAUAAACCGUGUCAAUUUUAAGCAGGUUUUUUUCUAUUUAUCACCACCUCCUCUUCAUACAUAUUAAGUCUUACAAUGCCAACUGACCUUGGCAUAUUAAGACAUUGUAAUUCAUUUCUAGAAACAAAUUUAUUUAUUUUUUUUUUUUUUUUUUUUCCUACCUUUAUUUGGUUGUGACAAGAUUAUAACAUUUUGUAUUAGUGAUUAAUUAGGGCAGUUUUAUUUUCUUAGUUAAUUUAGAUCUGAAACUAAACUAAACUAAAAUAAAAUUCUUUCUUAUCAAGGCUUCAAGCAACACUGAAUAAAAUACCAAAGACCUUCAUUAAAAUAAUUUUGUUCUCAGCAAUAAAAAUUUAAAAAAAUCCUGCCUCA